GAAUAAGGUGGAAGUUCAAGAUCAGAAUCUUUUAAGCAAAGUUUAUAAUGGCAGAUUAUAAUUCUUUACCAUCUCCAAUGGAGAAUUCAAGAAAAACCUCUUCUUUUUUUGGUUCACCAAGGUUGUUUACUUGUUUUGCUGCUAAGGGGUUUCCAGAUACUGAGUCUAUUAUGAGUCCUACUUCAAUUCUUGAUAGUAAGCCUUUCACUGUUUUGAGAAACCCCUUUUGGUCUGAUCCAAAAUCUCCUAAACCAGAAAGUAGAGUUCAUUUUCAGAAACUUGACUCAAAAGGGGUUGGUCUUGGUCUUGUUGAUGCUCUGAUUGGUGAAAAAUCUGAUUCUAAAGAAGUGAAUUCUGUUAGUAGAAUGGUUGUUCUUGGUUCACAAUUGAAGAUUCAGAUCCCUACAUUGCCUUCUUUUAAUUACCCUACUGAUUCACCACCUUCACCUGGUGAUUUUGGUAUCAAGACUAGAAAUUCUCAGUUAGGUUCUUUCUCUCCUGGCUUUUCACCAUCUCCUGUGAAGAAAUCUCCAUUUGGUUCCUCAAAUUCUAACAUAGAUAUCCCAAAUUCACCAGGGGCUUUUAGUAGUCUCUCUGCUGCUGAAAUGGAGCUUUCUGAGGAGUAUACUUGUGUAAUUUCAUAUGGUCCAAAUCCAAGAACAACUCAUAUAUUUGAUGAUUGUAUUCUUGAAAGCUGUUGUGGUGUUGUUAAGUACUCUGCAUCAAGAAAAGAAAAUGAAACUUUUCCUAGUCCUCCAAUGAGCUAUCCAUCUGAGAGUUUUCUCAGCUUCUGUCACAAUUGCAAGAAGAAUCUUGGAAUAGGGAAAGACAUUUACAUGUACAGAGGUGAGAAGGCAUUUUGCAGCAGUGAUUGCAGAUACAAAGAAAUGAUGUUGGAAGAAGGAAUGGAUAAAUCAGAGACUGAUGAUAAUGUAUUUGGUAUUAUUUCCUAAUAAUAAUAAUAGUAAUAAUAAUAAUUGAUGAGUGAUAGCAAGUUUUGUCCUAGUAAGCAACUUGCAAGGUGUUAAAAGACUAUUUGCAGAUUCAAAAACUGUUUUUUGUAAAUUGGAUAAUUGAAUCUGUUUU